AUGAGUUUUGUUGACAAGUCUGUGGAACCCGGCGCCAGUGUCUUGCUUCACCAUAAGACUGUGAGCAUCGUUGGUGUUCUCACAGAUGACGCGGAUCCCAUAGUCAGCGUCAUGAAGCUCGACAAGGCGCCUACGGAGUCGUACGCGGAUAUCGGUGGUUUGGAGCAGCAAAUCCAGGAGGUGCGGGAAUCUGUAGAGUUGCCACUGCUCCAUCCGGAGCUGUACGAGGAGAUGGGUAUCAAGCCUCCGCGGUGUCAUUCUCUUACGGUGCCCCGCGAGUUGAUUCAGAAGUAUCUCGGUGACGGCCCCCGGUUGGUUCGCCAACUGUUCCAGGUUGCUGCCGAGAAUGCCCGUCAAUCGUCUUCAUCGAUGAAAUCGAUGCUAUCGGUACCAAGCGUUACGAUUCGACAUCAGGUGGGUGAGCGUGAAGUCCAAAGAACUAUGCUGGAGCUUCUCAACCAGCUUGAUGGUUCUGAUGACCGCGGUGACGUCAAGGUGAUCAUGGCCACCAACAAGAUCGAGUCUCUUGAUCCCGCUCUGAUCCGACCCGGACGUAUCGACCGAAAGAUCUCUUUGAGAAUCCUGACCAGAAACACCAAGCGCAAGAUCUUUACACUCCACACCAGCAAGAUGUCACUUAAUGAGGACGUCGAUCUUGAGGGAGUUUAUCGCGCAGAAGGAUGAUCUGUCAGGUGCCGACAUCAAGGCUAUUUGCUCAGAGGCUGGUCUGAUGGCUCUUCGGGAGCGCAGAAUGCGGGUACAGAUGGCCGACUUCCGCGCCGCUCGCGAGAGAGUGUUGGCGGACGAAGCAGGAGGGUGAGCCUGAGGGGUUGUACUUAGAAGUUGACGCAUUUGUAUGAUGAGACGUAAUUAUGGUUGGGGAGGCUUAAAGCGCAACGAAGAUGAGACAUAGAUAACUUGCUAGUUGCGAUGUCAUUAAACAGCGUGCACUCUGCAGAAGUGAUAGCCCUA